AUGAUUCAAGUUCCAGUUUUAACAUCUGAACGUAGACAAGAAUUGCAUGAUGGUCUUCCAUUUGGUAUUUUCCGUCGAUCUGGAAUGAGGAAGUUUCUUUAUACUGCUGAGCCUGGUUAUAUUGGUCCAAACAGAAAAACUGUUCGACAAAAAAUAGCUGCAAUAUACUCGUCCUAUACAGACCAUUUACGUUCUCUUCCCAUAAAAAUUGAUUUUUUAGCACUCACAAGUGAUUUACGGCGAAGCUCGUAG